UCAUGACAUGCUGUGGAGGUCUUGUCGCGAUGGUAUCCCACAGUUACGCGUUUGGCAAGAGUGUGUCACGACAUGAGACCAAGCUUAUCGUUGUAGAUUGUGGACAGCAGCCUACCACCCUGACAGCAGACGACUAAUCUGUUUUUCCACUAGACAGAGGCUCCCUGCUAUGCAGGAAAGCAGAAUUCACAUCAACAGGAGAAGCAAUGCAGCUGGCAUCAACACUAUGACAAGCUGAGACAUACUGUAGGCUCCAGACAAGUCACGGGGGCUGUUGGUGUGCAUCAAGAGCUAUCUCCAGCCCACCCAAGCUCUGAUGCUGGAUCAGCUGUGCACCAGUGCUUGGGGAAUCCUGAUCACAGAUGGUCAAUGACAGUGUUCAUCCUGCUCAACCUGCAGUCCAGCUGAACGCCCUUCAUGCCUGAGCCACUCGAGGGCUGCCACACCUUUUUUUUCCACAUAGUUGCCACCUUGUUCACAACCAGCUUCCCCAAACCCCCUUGCUGUGUGUUUUGGAAUUGCUGCUAUGCCUGCUAUGAGUAUAACCAUACUUAAUAAUCCCAGCAACUCUUCAGAAUAAUGGGGGAAACUAAAGCUUUCAACAAUUACAAAAUGUUCAAGGCAGUUUUGAAGAAGAACAGAGAAAGUGGAAAGGGUACCAAAAAGGAAUUAGAUGGGUGGAAGAUGGACCAGCAGAGAGACAAUCUGACACAGUCCGCUGAGUCUGGACAGCAGAGGACAAGGAUAGUGGGCGAGUUCUACACGCACAGUGCUCAGAGAAGAGGGACUGGUGGUGGAGCUUCCCAGCUCUCCGAGUUGGGUGCAGGCCCCCCUUUUGGCCCAGAAGAUGUGCUGCGAAUGAGCUUGGCUAAAGGGGUGUCCAUGUCCCUGCCCUCUUCGCCUCUGUUACCCCGGCAGUCUUACAUGAUACACCCGCGCUCCAGCAAAAGAUCUCCAGGUCCAAUCAGGAAGCCUAAAUAUGUGGAAAGCCCUCGAAUUCCCGGAGAUACAAUUGUUACAGCCCUAAGAAAAGUGGCAGAGACCAAGGAGCCUCCCCAGAAUGAACUGCAGGCUGAGAAAGAGCCAAGCUCCUCCCACGCUACUCAGGAACUGAUGACAAGACUGGGCUUCUUACUUGGUGAAGGGAUCCCAAGCACGGCUCACAUACCUAUGGAAGACAAGAAUGAAAAGAAGUGCACAAUAGCCAGCCAGGGAAUUAGCCCGUGCUCCACUUUGACAAGCAGCACUGCAUCUCCAAGCACAGAUAGCCCGUGCUCUACCCUCAACAGCAGCAUCAGCAAGCCAGCCACUAACAAAACAAGCCCCCGUGGGACUAUUACCAGCCCCAGUUCCACACUCGAAAGCAAGGACAGCGGCAUAAUAGCAACAAUUACAAGCUCCUCGGAGAACGAUGACCGGAGCGGAUCGAGCUUAGAGUGGAGCAAAGAUGGCAGCCUGAGGGACAGCGGUCACCAUGGGUUGGCGCCCAGCCCGCGGGUGGAUGGUUGUUCGCCUGUGGCAGAGGAAGAGACCGUCGGCCCUGGAGAAGCCCCGCUCAAGCAGGACGCAGCUGGAGCAAGCCCAGGGGAGGGUCCUCUUUCCUACCCACAGCAGAGCUCCUUCAUGAUGCCCCGGCCUAACUCGGUGGCAGCAACAAGUUCAACAAAGCUGGAAGACCUGAGCUAUCUUGAUGAACAGCGUAACACUCCACUACGGACCUCCAUUCGACUGCCCUGGCACAACACAGCAGGAGGCAGGGUACUGCAGGAUACAAAAGCCCGGUUUGCUCCCUACAAGCCAGCUGAUAUCAUGCUCAAGCCUCUGCUCUUUGAAGUGCCAAGCAUAACCACGGACUCGGUGUUCAUCGGGAGGGACUGGCUCUUCCAGCUGAUUGAGGACAACCUGAAGAGGGGAGACUCGAGCGAGAACAGAGGCGCGGUCAUCGUGGGCAGCGUCGGCUUUGGCAAGACGGCCGUCAUUUCCCGGCUGGUGGCGCUGAGCUGUCAUGGAGGCCGAAUGAGGCAAAUCGCUUCCAACAGCCCCAGCGCGUCCCCGAAAAGUGGGGAUGCCAGCGGUGAUCUCCCGCUGAGUCAACCACCACAGCCCACACCCCCGCCCAGCGCGACCAACACCAUGAGGAAUGGGAGCUGCCCCAGCACCCCUGAGCUGCAGAGACGCAGGGAGGAGGCGGUGAAACACCUGGCGACAAAGGUUGUGGCUUACCAUUACUGCCAGGCGGACAACACCUACACGUGCCUGGUGCCGGAGUUUGUGCACAGCAUCGCCGCCCUGCUGUGCCGAGCGCACCAGCUGUCUGCCUACAGAGAGCUGCUGCUGAAGGAGCCACACCUACAGAGCAUGCUCAGUCUCCGGUCCUGCGUCCAGGACCCCAUGGCUGCCUUCAGAAGAGGAGUGCUGGAGCCCCUCGUUAACCUGAGGAAAGAGAGAAAAAUUCCUGAAGAAGACCAUAUCAUUCUAAUUGAUGGCUUGAAUGAGGCAGAAUUUCAUAAACCAGACUAUGGUGAUACAAUUGCAUCCUUCAUCACCAAAAUAAUUUCUAAGUUUCCUGUGUGGCUGAAAUUGAUAGUAACUGUUCGAGUCAAUCUUCUGGAAAUUACCAGUUUGCUGCCAUUCUCCAAGAUUUCUCUCGACGACUUCCCCGAGAACAAAGACAUUAACAGCGACCUCAAUGCCUACAUCCAGUACAGAAUCAACAGCAGUAAGGAAAUCCUGAACAACAUCUCCCUCAAUGGCAAAGCCGACCCUCUCGUUGUCGGCAAAGUGAGCAACCACUUGAGCAUGCGCAGCCAGGGAUCCUAUCUGUAUUUAAAACUGACCCUGGACCUUUUUGAAAAGGGACACCUGGUUAUCAAAAGUGCCAGCUACAAAGUCGUGCCUGUUUCCCUGUCGGAGCUGUAUCUGCUUCAGUGCAACAUGAAGUUCAUCACCAACUCUGCCUUUGAGAGGACUCUACCUAUCUUGAAUGUGACCUUGGCCUCCCUACACCCACUGACAGAUGAGCAGAUUUUCCAAGCCAUCAAUGCGGGCAGCUUGACUGGCGAGCUAGACUGGGAGGACUUCCAGCAGAGAAUGGAGGGACUGUCUUGCUUUCUGAUCAAGCGAAGGGACAAGACGCGCAUGUUCUGCCACCCUUCGUUCAGGGAGUGGCUGGUGUGGCGAGCGGAUGGCGAGAGCACAGACUUCCUCUGUGACCCACGGAGUGGUCACGCCCUCAUGGCUUUCAUGCUUUCCCGCCAGGAAGGCAAAUUAAACCGCCAGCAGACAAUGGAACUUGGGCAUCACAUCUUAAAAGCUCACAUUUUCAAGGGUCAGAGCAAGAGAACGGGCAUCUCCUCAAGUGUCCUCCAGGCGUUAUGGAUCAGUUACAGUACGGACGGCCUGUCAGCUGCCCUGGCUUCUUUAAGGAACUUGUACACCCCGAAUGUGAAAGUCAGUCGUUUAUUAAUGCUGGGGGGAGCCAAUGUGAACUACCGGACGGAGGUGCUGAACAAUGCUCCUGUUCUGUGUGUUCAGUCGCACCUGGGGCAUCUAGAGAUGGCCAGCCUGUUGCUGGAGUUUGGAGCUGCUGUGGACGGCGUCUCAGACAAUGGCAUGACCCCUGUGUGCUUUGCUGCAGCCUCAGGGCACCUCAGUCUUGUGGUCCUGCUCUGCAAGAAGGGAGCUAAAAUCGAUCACGUAGACAAAAGCGGUCAGUGUGCCUUAGUCCAUGCUGCCUUGAGAGGAUACCCAGACAUCAUCGAGUCUCUGCUGAAGCUGGAGUGGACGCCUGAGAGCCAGCAGCAGGACACACAUGUGAAAAACAAAGCUCUUCAACAAGCUUUGAUUGCAGCCUCCAGUAUGGGGCACACCCAGGUUGUUAGAAGUUUGCUUUCUUUGGAUAAUGAAUAUGCAGUGCAACUUGACGGACAUGACACGCUUUGGGGAGAAACAGCUCUGACAGCAGCGGCCGGCCGGGGGAAGAUGGAGGUGUGCAGGUUCCUCCUGGAGAAGGGCGCGGUGGUACAUCAGGGGAACCGCAGGGCAGUGUCUCCUCUGUUCUGUGCAGUGAGACAGGGCCACUGGCAGAUUGCUGACCUUUUGCUACAGCAUGGUGCGGAUGUAAACGUCAGUGACAAGCAGGGACGAACUCUGCUAAUGGUGGCUUCCUGUGAAGGACACUUGAGCACUGUGGAAUUCCUGCUUUCGAAAGGUGCUUCUUUAGUCUCCAUGGACAAGGAAGGAUUAACGCCGUUGAGCUGGGCUUGUUUGAAAGGACACAAGGCUGUGGUGCAGUUUUUAGUGGAGAAAGGCGCAGUCAUAGAUCACACGGAUAAGAAUGGAAGAACCCCUUUGGACUUAGCUGCUUUCUAUGGGGAUGCUGAGAUUGUUCAUUACUUGGUUGAGAGAGGUGCAGUGAUUGAGCAUGUCGACUACAGUGGGAUGAGGCCGUUGGAUAGAGCUAUUGGAUGUCGGAACACGUCUGUGGUGGUGACUCUGCUGAAGAAAGGAGCGAAGCUGGGCUACAGAACAUCUCCUUAUGACCGAUCAGGGAAUGCGGCAUGGGCAAUGGCAACGUCCAAGCCCGACAUUCUCAUCAUUCUUCUGCAGAAACUGAUGGAGGAAGGGAAUCUGCUCUACAAGAAAGGGAAGAUGAAGGAGGCGGCUCAGAGAUACCAGUACGCUCUAAGAAAGUUUCCAAGAGAAGGAUUUGGGGAUGACCUGAAGGCUUUUAAAGAACUGAGAGUUUCUCUGUAUUUAAACCUUUCCAGAUGUCGCAGGAAAACAAACGACUUUGGCAUGGCAGAGGAAUUUGCAACUAAGGCACUGGAACUGAAACCGAAAUCAUAUGAGGCCUAUUAUGCCAGAGCAAGGGCAAAAAGAAGCAGCAGGCAGUUUGCCGCUGCCCUCGCAGACCUACACGAGGCAGCGAAGCUCUGCCCAAACAACCGGGAGAUCAGGCGACUGCUGGUUCGAGUGGAGGACGAGUGCAAGCAGCUGCAGCGAGCCCAGCAGAAACAACAGGGCGUGCAAGGCCAGCUGCCUCCCAGCAACGACUCCGACCGUGAGGAGGAGCAGGAUGGGCCCGCCGAACCAAGCCUGGAGAGCCAGUCCACCCUGGGGCUCAAGGACAUUGACGAGGAAGAGGUUUCCCAACUGGACGAUGCAGCGUCUAGCUCCCAGCCCCGACCGCAGAGCACACAGACUUUGUACUCUUUGAGCAGGACACCUCACGAUGGGGCAGGAGCCUCUCAGCAGAAUCCCAGGCCCAUCUCUCCUUCGAGCCGACAGCCGCACAAACACCUACUGGCCCAGCAAGGACUGGUCAUGCAGCCUACCAAACAGGCCCAGAUUGUCAAAACUAACCAGCACAUGAACUCCCUGCAGACUGGAGGGAGGUCUGGAAACACCCAGUACGCAACCAAGCCCCAAUCACAUUAUCCUCCUCCAAGCCCACUGCCCAGCAGACAUCUUUCUAGUGUGCUGAAGCCAGGCCCAGGCAUCGAGAUCAGUUCUGCAUCUUCUAGCACAGACGAUUCAGGAACCAGCUAUGGAGAGAGGUUGACGUCGGCACAAAACGCCCACGUCUGCAGUGCUGAAAACGCUGCCGCAUACCACUCCACAAAAGCUGCCGAGAGGCUGUCUGCGCACUCUGUGCCAUCUUUGGACGUACUGUCAUCGGCCACCCAAGGAGCAACAGGGACUGGCUUGGAGAUGAGAAAGGAGUCGGCAACCAGCACCGUCUCUGCCCCAGGCUCCCAGGCCAGCAGCAUGAAGAUCUCCAGUUCAACCAGCAGUCUGGCCUCCAGCAGCAGCCUCUCAGAUAGCGGGAAGCUGCAAGGGCCCGAUGUGCGGAUCAAAACCACCAUGGACAACAAGGGCAAGCAGAGUCAGAGUGCAACCGCAGACUACAAACCUCGGCCGACUCCCUUCAUGGGGAUCAUGGAUAAGACAGCCAGGUUUCAACAACUGCAGCAGGGACAUCAGCAGACUCGCAGCUGGCACAGCCACUCAGCAGAAGGAUUAGUCACAAACACUAUGUCCACUGGAGGACUGCAGGCUGUUAACUGUGAGAUAGCUUAUGCCAAAACGGGGAGUGUUUACCACGAUCAGAUUAAAGCUCCAUCUCAGGGUGCUAUGGGAAGCCUUUUGAAUGGAAUGCACUCUAAGGAAUUUGGGGAGAAGUUCUGCCAAGCUUCCACCUGUUUCAAGGAACCCAAGCCAGCUGUGUCAGUCCCACAUUCUUUUCCGGAUAAUAAAUCUAAACAGCAGUCUCACAUCGCAAGAGAUAAUCCUGCCAUUCAUGCUGCUUCUAUGAAACCAAAGCGAUCGUUUAUAGAGUCUAACGUGUAAGUUAUUUAACCAGUUUCUUAAACCCUUGGUUCACAUUUUUAAAAAGUGGUUGUAAAAAAAAAAUGUAAAAUUGUAGUCCCCAAGUUUUCUUUUCCUUAAUAUUAAGAUUUAAAUCUUUUACAAUUAAGCUAAAUAUUUUUAUUUGUAUUUUUCUUGUAAAUAACCACAGACAGUAUUUAGAUUGGUACUUUUCUUUUCUUUCUUACUAAUAAAUGUGUAUAAGUCCAUUAAGCUUCUGUUACACAGCUGCAUGCUUUCCACAUUUCGGCAAAGCUGGACACUGCACUGAGAAAUUAAUACGACAUUUAUACACAGACAAAACAACGAUGGCACUUUAUUCGUAAAAUAUGCCUUUCAGGUGCUUAUAUAAUUAAAAAUGUAUUAUCAUAACUAAGACUUAUUAUUAACUAAGUACAUAAUAAAGAGAUAGUGGUGCUGAGUGGAAGACUGAAAUGGCAUUGAGUGAUUAUAAGACUGGGAAAGAAUGGGCAUUCCUGUGUUUCAAGAAGGAUGUUGAGAAUCCUUAUUUUGUAAUAUAUAUUUCCUUCUUUUAAGUGAAGGUCUGUGUCAGUGUAAUUGAAUUGUUCAACUUGUGCGGAUUUGGAUUUUUUUCUGCAAAGUGUGGUUGGGAGUAACUUUAAGGAUCGGGGUUUUACUCAUUCAUGUUUGUACACUGUAUAAAUAGCCAUGUAGCGCUGAACUGAAUCCUGUUUCUGCUUGUCGUUGCCACCUAGGUUAAUUUAUUUACAGCUACUCUCGCUUGAUCAUUUGUAAAAGCAAUAUAUUUUAUAUAGUUAUUUUUGCACAGCUACUAAGAAGUUUUCAGAUCUUAAAAAGCUUUGUUGGGAUACAUUUGGUUUUAAGUGCAUGCUGCAAUCUCAGUUUCUAAUAAAGAUUAUAAAACAAACAGUUGGGGAUCCAUUGGCUAUAUUUUAAUAUGUAUGUUAAUUGCAGUUUUUGAAAUGUUUUCAGUAUUGUGAGCUGUAUUACCUAUCACAUACUGUAAUAGAACUUCACUGCCAUAACAACAAUGGGUAAAUAAAUCUCCCAGUGAGAAAACAAAAUGA